AUGGCCGAGUCCCACCACGUCACCAAGGAUACCCGAGUUCGCGAUAACCAGCGACGUUCCCGCGCAAGACGCAAAGAGUACAUUCGAGACCUCGAACGUCGCCUAGGAGCAUUCGAAAAGCUCGGUGUCCAAGCAACGCUGGAAGUCCAGCUUGCCGGCAGAAAAGUCGCGGCGGAAAAUGCAUUGCUGCGAUCGCUGCUGAAAUCCCGUGGCAUCACGGAUGAGGAAGUGGAAGCUUUCUUGAAAGCGCAUCGAGAACCGACGGAACUGGCCGCUUCGACGACGCUUCCUCCGCCUCCGUAUAGGGCGUCGAGUGCAGCAACUGGACAGUUGACCGGGGGUCAAGGCUCGCAAGCGGUGAAAUCGCACGGAAAGGGAGCGGAACUGCAGCAUACCGACGGGGGAAACAUAUCUCAAUCGACCACUUGCGCGGAACUCAGCUCAUCUUUAUGCUCUCGAAGUUACUGCAAUACCCGCGAGGAGCGGACAGCGGCAGCGUGUGUGGCAGAUAGUUGCUCUCAGCAGCAGCAGCAAUCCCCCGAAUUCAAUAACGGCCAGCUCACGUCUUGUGAGACUGCGGCUAGGAUAAUUACCACAAUGCGUGGAGAUUCGGACAUGAAAGACGCACGGGCCGAAUUAGGCUGCGCAUCCGAGUCGAAUUGCAUGGUGAAAAAUAUGGCCAUCUUCGAUCUGCUCGAUAGGUGA